AUGGAGGAUACAACCAAAGGCAUAAUAAAAAAUCCCAGAAGCAAUACUAAGUUUGAAGAUCUUCCUCAACAUCUCAUCCACCACAUGAUGAUGCAUUUUCUCCUUUACAAGGACGCAACGAAGUUGAGUGUUUUAUCCAAAGCCUUUCAUUCUUUGUGGCUUUCCUGUCCUGUACUUCACUUUGACUACAAAUUCUUUGAACAACACGAAGACCCACAUGACAGCUUCAAGUCUUUCAUCCUCAAAACCCUCCACCUUCGUCGUCCUCAAGGGCCAUUGCGAAGGCAAAGCGUAAUUUACCCUAAAGGGAAUUCCACCUUCAAUAUGGUAUUUGAUGCGUUGCUGCACUUUGCAAUAGAGAACAACACUAAAGAGAUAGUCUUUUAUAUGAGUACCAAUCACAGCAUCAAUGUGAGAUACGACUCCCUUCUUCGUCUAAUUUCUUCACAAUGCUUGACUGUGCUCAACCUUGAAGGAUUUAUUAAAUUUCCAAUUGCUGAUCUUAUCAUACUGUGCCCAAGAUUGAAAGAGCUAGAAAUCACGAGAAGCGAAGGACUGCAAACUGUAACAGUUUCAUCUUUGUCUCUGGAGAAGGCAUGCAUCUGUCAUUCUUUAGAGUUAAACGAGUUAAAAGAAGUUCAUUUGAAGGCAAAGAAUUUACGGUAUUGCUCGUUUGUUGACCUUCCCCACCCUUGUGAAAUCAACUUAUCUGCUUGUGAAUCCAUAAAAGAUAUAUAUGUAUGUGGUGUAAAGGUCACGAAGAACUUGAUAGAAUUAGUCACUGGGAGCUUGAACAUCAGUGAGUGUGACUUUCCUGAGAACCUGAGUAUUCAUAACCCUAGAAUUAAAGAGUUGCAGAUGAUGAGAAAUAAUGUUAAAAAAAUGGAGCUCUUGACUCCCAAUCUAGAAUAUUUUCGCUCCUAUAUGUCUUUCGAAGGACAAAGACGGGCAUUAUACAAUAUAUCAGCAUGUGUGGCGCUCAAGGUUUUGGACUUGGAUGGAGUAACUGAGAAGAUGGAGCUGAAAAAUGACAAGCUUGAGAAGUUGUCAUUGAGUGCAUGUUCCAAUUUGAAUGAGGCCAUUGUUGAUGCGCCAAACUUAAUCAAUUUUUGCUAUGAAGAAUGCCCAAUAAUCAUGCUGCCUGUUUAUCCGAUCGUGAAAAUUUUAUCAACCAAAUGUAUUUCUGCCGAAAUCAAGUUACCAACUCGCUACAAUCUUAUAGAUACUCACUCAUGUUUGUUUGAAUAUGAUAAGAAUGUGAAGAGGAGAAAGAUUGAAGAGACAUGCUGUUCUGGGAUUUCCACUAAGUGCUGGCGACACUAUAAACUCAAAGUGCACAUUCAAGGCUUUGAAUCUGUGAGAAGUGACUUGGAAGAGUUCUUUGCUCCUUACAUGCGCUGA